AUGGAGUUUUCCUUUCACAGCAAUAUAGAUCUAGUAGACAUGGAGGAUCCAGCCAAAUGGCCACUUGUUCAUCAACUUUCCUGGUAUUCGCCUGCAACUUGCAAUCUGGCCACAGUUCCUGAAGAACUCAGAGUAACAGUGGAGACAAUAAGAAAGGAUAUUAAGGAAGCAUUGAACACAUCCUUGGUUGACUCUCUAGCAACCUUCAAAUCUUCCUCUGCCAGCCCUGAUAUUCUGCGUAUCCUUUUUGCUUUGAAAUGUGUUGAUAUAGUGGGAAGAGUACUGAAUGGGAAGAAUGGGCUUUUGACUCAACAUAGUGGGCUUUUAUCUGGUUCAAUGCAGGGGAGUUAUAUUCCACCACCAACAGUAAAAGGACUUAAAGAGCUUUAUACAUGGAAGGUCAUGCUACAACGGGCAUUCCAACAUCUUAAACAGCUUCAAAUUGAUUCUGAAGCAGAACAGAUUCCACAAUUGCAUGCUAGCCACCAAACAGAAGUAAACGUUAUUCAGACUCAGGUGGACAACAUUGCAGAGAUGUUGAGCUCAGUGAGAGAGAGUCACAAACUUCUAGCAAGGGAGCAGGCUCUUCACAACUUCACUAGCGCAGCAUUGUUUUUGCGUUUUAUCUUCUUGGGGCUAGAUGACAUCCCUUCAUCACAGACUGAAUUUAAAAGUGUAUUGGCCAAAAUACAAUUUAAUGUUAAUCUCUAUACAGACAAGGUGGAACUGGAUAAAAAGACCACAAUUUCCGCAAGCAAUCUCCGACAACCAUUAUAUUGUGCAAUUGCUAUCUCACCUCUAAUACUGUUGACACAACAAACUCUCACUUCAGGAAGAGUUGAUCGAGAGCGUCUCUUGGUUAUCUGGCAAUCAUUGGGAAACUACAGGCCUCCAGCUCUCCAAGCUAUAGAAGAUAGACUAUGGGAGGAACUGAUAGAUGUGGUGAAGGGCCUCAAGACUUCGUAUGAAGCAUUGAGUUCCUUCUUCCAAUUCUACAACGAAUACACUUUCCUUGAUGAAGAAAGUCUGAAGUUUUUUGCUCCCAAACAAUCUUUACAGUCAUCUGCCCCAAAGACAAUCCAGACACCAGAUACUGCAAGUGUUCUACAAGAGAAGACAUUACAGCCCUCUGCAUUGGAAAGCAAUAAAAAUCCACCUAAACAGUUUGCUUCUGUUCCACCAGUGGCAUCCUUUUCUAGUAUUCCUUCUCCAUCUCAUUCAUCCUCUCCUGGUGUUUCUUCCCCAUCACAUCCACCCUCUUCUGAUGUUUCCUCCCCACCAUAUCUACCCUCUUCUGGUAGUUCACCCUCUCCUGGUAUUGGUUCUCCAUCACAUAUCUCCUUGCCAGAUAUUCUUCCUGAAUCACGUCCACUCUUGCCGGAUGUUACCCCUGUGGAUAUUUCUCCUGAAUCACGUCCACUCUUGCCCAACAUUUUUCCUGAAUUAUUUCCACUCUUGCCAGAUGUUUCUUUUGAAUCAGGUCCAUCCUUGCCUGUUCCACCUCCUGAAUCAUGUCCACUCUUACCAGGUACUCCUCCAGAAUCACAUCCACCAUCACGGAGUAUUCCUUCUCCAAUUCCUUCUCUAUCACAUCCACAUGAUGCACCACCUUCUGGCGUUUCUGCUUCACUACAGGAGGUGGAUCAGUUGAUGCAUGACUUCGAUCUACCACCAUAUGGACCACCACCCCCAAGAGUGGACUCUCCAUUUAGUUCGCUUACGAUUUGUUGGCCCGAUUCUGAAGAAAUAUUUGGUCAAACAUUUUGA